AUGGUCCUGCAGAAAGACCUAGUGAUGAAUGGGCUAGAUACCCGGCUUCCUCUACGAAAUGUUUCCGGCGGACAGAAGAAAAGUCGAGAUGCACUUUGUGAAGACAAAAGCAGUCAGCAUUUCUUCUGUGUGGACAACACGAGUAUCGUGUUUCUGCGGUCUCCUGCUCACCCUCUUCACAGGAAUGCGCUGCAAGAAGUUUUGUGGGCAAACGAGCAAGAAGAAACGAGAGCAGAAGUCGUGGUAACCUGGGCAGAACGGAGUGGUGUGUUCAGUUGGGCGGUCAAGCUCUCCGAUGGUUACGCUUAAAUGCCAAGAACUAGUCGAGGUGGUUAACAGAGCGUACGUCCUAGGGUUGGACGUGACAACAAUUGUCAAACUGUAAGUGCAUAUCGUUUAAAAAGUAGGAUAUUGGAUGUGCAUGGGAGGCAUGCAAAUUUAGCAAACAAAAAAAAAGAAAAUUACCUCCGGAA